GAGACCAAUCCCUCUUUAUGGGUACGUACUACAUGUACUUCCCAUUCCUAACGUGCGAGGUGAAGUGCGGCGCCGCAGCGCUGGACGUGGCGGACCGCCAGAACGCUCACAGCAUGACCCUUGCGGUACGGGCCGUUGCCGAGCUUUUUCGUGCUGUGAAGCGUGAGGGCGAGAUCCACCGACAGAUUCUUGCGUUCUCCAUCUCGCAUGACCAUAGGUCAGUGCGAAUCUACGGUCACUAUCCCGUGAUGGAUGGGAAGAAGACCAAGUAUUACCGCCAUCCAAUCCAUGAGUUUUCUUUCACAGCACUAGAUGGCAAGGAGAAGUGGACAGCGUAUCGUUUCACGAAGAACGUCUACGACACAUGGAUGCCCGCUCACUUCAAGAACAUUUGCUCUGCUAUCAACCAGUUGCCGGCCAACUUGGACUUCGAUGUCCUGUCGCUUUCAGAGACAGGUCUUUCCCAGGACUUGGAAAGCCAUCAUUUGUCGCAGUUGGAUGCUGACACCGUGUCAUUACCUGUUGAGCAGGACAGCCACUCGGGCGAUGCGGGACAGGAAAAGGGUACUCCAAGCACUUCUUUUACAGAUCCAGGGGCGGCCAAGAGGAGGAAAGGCAGGAAGUAGUGACGUUUUGGUUGCCAUGUGGAGUUGAGAGGUGCAAACGGGUUCAGUUCUAGUAACUACAUACUUGAUUACCGCUACGUAGCUUCAUCCCUAGCAGUGCCUUGGCAUGCCGAAACACCCUGGUGUUUAAUGAAGCAUCUUAACAGU